AUGGGGAGCCUUGGGCCAGAAAACAUCCCAAUUGUCGACUUUUCGAGGUUCGACACGGAUUUGCCCAGUCUGGCCAAGGAAAUCAAAGAGAUAUGCGAGACAUGGGGCUUUCUGUACCUCAAGAACCACGGUCUGGACCAGGACAAGGUUGAUCGAAUGUUCGAUAUCAGCGAGACGUUCUUCACGACGACUCCCCUGGAGGAAAAAGCCUCGACACCGUGGAACAGUAUCUACAAUGCAGGCUACGACGCAAAGACGGGGACGGAGAAGUACAUGCACGAGAACGGGGCCAAGGACGUCGUGUCGUCGCAAGACGGCAAGGAGGUCUUUGUGAUUCGCAAGCAACAGUCGUACGACCAGCCGAUGCCGCCUGCCUUGCGCAAAUUCAACCCGGAAAUCCAGCAGUUCAUGGCCGAGACGCACGAGAAGAUUGCCGUGCGGCUGCUUGCUUGUCUGGGAGUUGGACUGGGCCUGACGAAAGACCGGCUCCCCGAAAUCCACAGGCAUGAAAGCCCGUCGUACACGACGCUGCGACUGAUUUACUACCCGGCCCUGCAGCAGGCUGAUAACGCACCGAUUCGACUGCCCUCGCAUACUGACCAGGGCGUCAUCACGAUCCUUUUCCAGAAUCAGAUCGCCGGCCUGCAGGUUCGGCCACCCAAGUACACCGGCAAGAUCUCCGAGGACGAAGUCUGGCUCGAUGCUCCUGUCAUACCGGGGGCGGUGCUGAUCAACAUCGGCGAGACCAUGACCUUUUUCUCUGGCGGCCUCAUGAAGAGCACGUUACAUCGUGUUGCGAGGAGCCCUAACGUAGAGGAUCAGGGCAAAGAUCGGUAUUCGAUGGCUUACUUCUGCCAUCCAAACCAAGAUACCUUGUUGGAAGUCAUCCAGGGCAUUGAGGGUGCCAAGAAGAGAGACACGCCUGUAUCCUGUGUGACCGGACGACAAGUAAAGACCGUCAAGGACUGGAUUGAGCAUAGACAUUCGAUGGGGAGACAGGAAGCGAUGGUAGCAAAGUGA